CCUCAAAAAUUCAUGGAUAAGGGCUAGAGUCGGCCGUGGGCUGCCCAGUCGUGUACAAAACCAUGCGCGAGAUCGUCCACAUCCAGGCCGGCCAAUGCGGCAACCAGAUCGGAUCAAAGUUCUGGGAAGUGAUUUCUGAUGAACAUGGGAUCGAUCCCACUGGACAAUACGUCGGCGAUUCGGAUCUUCAACUCGAACGCAUAUCAGUUUACUACAAUGAGGCAGGACAUAGUAGAUACGUUCCCAGAGCCAUUUUGGUAGAUCUGGAGCCUGGCACGAUGGAUUCGGUUCGUGCAGGACCAUUCGGUCAGCUGUUCCGCCCGGAUAACUUUGUCUUCGGACAAUCUGGAGCUGGCAACAACUGGGCAAAAGGUCAUUACACUGAAGGUGCGGAAUUGGUUGACAGUGUGCUAGACGUCGUCAGAAAAGAAGCAGAAGGCUGCGAUUGUCUUCAGGGAUUCCAAAUGACGCAUUCACUGGGAGGAGGCACCGGAUCCGGAAUGGGCACACUGCUCAUUUCAAAAAUUCGCGAAGAAUACCCAGACAGAAUUAUGAAUACUUUUUCUGUAGUUCCUAGUCCGAAAGUAUCCGACACGGUCGUAGAACCGUACAACGCUACACUAUCCGUACACCAACUUGUAGAGAACACCGAUGAGACAUUCUGCAUAGACAAUGAGGCCUUGUAUGACAUCUGCUUCCGCACGCUGAAGCUCACAACUCCAACUUACGGUGAUCUUAACCAUCUUGUUUCGGCAACCAUGAGCGGUGUGACCACCUGUCUACGUUUCCCAGGUCAGCUGAACGCUGACUUACGUAAACUUGCCGUAAACAUGGUGCCAUUCCCUCGUCUGCACUUCUUCAUGCCUGGAUUUGCACCACUCACAUCGAGGAGCAACCAACAAUAUCGUGCCGUUUCCGUGCCGGAAUUGACCCAACAAUGUUUCGAUGCCAAAAACAUGAUGGCUGCUUGCGAUCCCCGACAUGGACGAUACCUCACCGCUGCUGCCAUAUUCCGUGGGCGAAUGAGCAUGAAGGAAGUUGAUGAGCAGAUGUUGAACAUUCAGAACAAAAAUUCCUCGUACUUUGUAGACUGGAUCCCAAAUAAUGUCAAGACUGCCGUUUGCGAUAUUCCUCCCCGAGGACUGAAGAUGUCAGCCACAUUUAUUGGUAAUUCCACCGCUAUUCAGGAACUGUUCAAGAGAAUUUCAGAGCAGUUCACUGCGAUGUUCCGCAGAAAGGCGUUCUUGCACUGGUAUACCGGCGAGGGCAUGGAUGAGAUGGAAUUUACCGAAGCCGAAUCGAACAUGAACGAUCUCGUGUCCGAAUAUCAGCAGUAUCAGGAAGCAGCUGCUGACGAAGAAGUUGCAGAAGCAUUCGAAGCUGAGUAGAUCAGAAGAAGUUUAUCGAUCGACGUGUCAUGUAUUUGCUUGUUCAGAAUGCCCAGCUUCUUGCUUCAUCGCGCCUCAUUGCUGUAUAUGAUCGGGGGAAAUAAACUGCUU